GAGCAGGAAGCGCAGCCACAUCCACACACAGCGGCAGUGUAGUCAAACUCUAGACAGCUCGACCCAAACGCCCGAACCAGAACUGAGAACAUACUCAACAGACACAAUGUUUUGGAGACUUUUCUGCGUGACAUUAUUAUUAGCCCUGUUGGGAUCGACCACAGGCCAAGAAUCUGCCGUUGAUGGGUGUGCAAAAUUUUUAACCUGUGACCAAUGCACAAAUGCGUCUUUAUGCAACUGGAUGUCUUGCCAAGAUUCACCUGAUCAAAAACCAGUUUGUCGGAACUCUACUUUUGUGAAUGAAACCGUCAACUGCAGUAUUGUUAACUGCACAGUAUCAACCGUGGCCCCACCUGUGACUUCCCCCGCAAAUGUCACAAACAGCACCAUCCAGCCUAACACUACUACCACAGUGGCUACCACUAAAUCACCAACAGUCGCUCCGACUAAGAAUGGCACAAUCCCAAGUAACACGACUGCGUCGCCUACUUCACCUCCACCAAAGAAGUCCACCUUCGAUGCUGCCAGUUUCAUUGGAGGAAUCGUAUUGGUUCUUGGCCUUCAAGCUGUCAUCUUUUUCCUUUACAAGUUUUGCAAGUCCAAAGAUCGCAACUAUCACACCCUGUAACGCACGCUGCCACCGGGAGGCACCUACAAAGCAAAGCAAAACCCACACUCCGGCCCUAAAGAUAAAGAAACACAGACGAGUACACUCAGAUUCAUGAAUACUCCUCUUUAAUCAUCUCUUGUGUUUAGCCAUGAAUUGAUAUUUCAUGUGUGUGAUUUAAGCUUUUCAUUUGUUGAAGAUAUAAUCACAUUCAUACAUACAUACAUACAUUUACACAAAAAUAAACAACAUGCAGACUGAUGCCCCUUCCUGAAAGGUCCUGCCACUUUCAUGUACAACCACAGCUUUAACAAAAACACAUUUUUUCAUUAGUUCAUUGAAAAGUCAUAGUGGCUGGUCACGCGAACAUCAAGGUGAUUGAGACAGUGAGUCAUCCUUGUUCAUGCCUGUGACCGUAAAUCUCUAUUUUCAGUGUUCAUGAGGGCCAGUCCUCUUCACUAGAAAAGUGUUUUAAGCCAUUGCUAUUAAUAAUGGUUCUUUACAUUGUGUCCAGUUCAGACAUGCGUGAACUGAGCCUUUUCAUUCAAACGAAAUCAUAAGAACCAUUUGACACUCUUCGAUCACCCAUAUCCCGUAUGAAAUGUAAAAAUAAUGGCUUUAUAGAAUAGGGCAGAUUAGUUUUUCUGUUCCUCUUUGAAAAAAUGCAUUUUCAUCACACAGACUUUUGGUUUGUGUCUGUGUGUUGUUUAUUUUCAACUUUUGGUUUGGUUGCCACUUUCAUUCAUAUCAGUCAAUAGAGCAAACAUUUUUGCAAUAAAUAACAUUCCCCCACUUAGUUCCUUAUUGUUAACUAGCUAGUAAACAAUGUUGGCAAAAUUCAUCAGCUCUCAAAACUAGUGCAAACUGGCCUUUACUUGGUCCUGGAUUAUAAUCUAGGUUCUUGGCAAUAUUACAAAACUGCAUCAGUUCCUUGUUCAUCAUGCCGAUUUACUAGCUAUGGACAAUUUAAAGGGUGUGUAUAGGGAUUAAAAGCCAAAAUUUUGAUCAAGUAAUAGCUGAAGUAAGUCUCCGGGGAAUUAUUUGAUUCCUUUGCCUGGCAUUCAAACAGAGGCACUAUAUAUAUACAGUAAUGUGAGGGAUGGCGUUUGUGAUCCCAUCCAGAAUGAUUGACAGUUGUGUCAAAGUGCCUUUAGAUGCAGGCUCUGGCUUAUUUGAAUUGAGGUUGGGGAGCGGUGGGUUCAGUUCCUUUUCCUCUUGGAGCCUUAAAAGUGUGAAUGUGUUUGUGGCGACCGGUUGUUGAGGUGGUAUGUGUGCCAGGCUCUGCUUUAACCUGCUGGAUAAGGCCGUGUUUGUGUGCCUUUCUGUGUGUCUGGGUGUUUAUAGACAAACAACGUAUGCUUGUGUUAAUAAACUAGAAAUAGUGUCUGCCAGCUGGACUGAAUGCUAUAUUAUACAGAGUAGAUGAUUAUUGUUUGUCGUUUAUGGAUUAACGUUUUCCAAAGGCUUCAGUUCUUCGCUGUAGUAAAAUCCUUGUUGCAUUUACAAUUUUAAGUUGAAUCAACUUGAAUUUAUUUAAACAAAUUUAUUUAGUUUCUAUAAAGUAUAAAAAUAAAGUUGAAGUAAAAAUAAAUAAACUUUAUUUUUAUAAUUUAUAGCAACUAGCCAAGAAAGUUCACAUUAAUUGCAAUUUCAAGUUGAAACUUAAAAAUGUAAAUGCCUCAAGGAAUUUUUACAAAGGAGACGAAUUAUGUUUUGCUUGCACACGAAUGUUGGUUAGAUUUCAGCACUCCUAAUUUCAUCUGGAUGUUCUAAUAUAUUCAUAUGUUUCAGAAAGAUUCAUAUUUGUGUAUAAACUGAUCUCAUUAUGCAUUUGCCCAGAAAUUGACCACCUGAUAUUUGACCUUAAACUGAAAUCAACAUUAAAAUGUCUUGAGCUUUAUGUUUGCAUAUGCUAAUGUUUAUUGUAUGAGCCCUUGUGCUAAAUACCCAAAGAAUCUAAAAUGUCUAAAAAUGUGUCCCAGUAAAGUAAAUUAUAUAUUUAGCCUAUUUUGUCUUUGAAACAACUGAACGUCUUAGAACAUAUUUGUCUCAAAUCAACAGAGAGAUUUGUUUUAUGCUAGAUUUCUUGGUUAGGGUGUAAUUAUUGUUUUCGAGUGGCUUUGGUUCGCAUGCAAAGUGGACCCUGACCUUGCCUAAUACCUGCCUUAUGUGAAACAAUGGCAUUUGGCGUGUUUUGUUUGGUACUCUCUUUUAACUGCAUUUGUCUGGCUACGAAUCUGAUGUGUAUGUGUGUUGGCCCUUAUCAACUUUUAAUUUUGUUUCUUUUCUCCAUUCCUGUGUUAUGAUGCUAAGAUCUUAAUAAUCUCAAUUAGCUUGCUGCUGCUAAUAACAUCCUCUGUUGGUAAUUAUGUAAUUUGUUUAGGAAGCGAUCAACAUUCUUUGGGUUGAAAAUUUUAAAAUGGCAACAAUGAAUAGUUUUUUGUAAUCACCGUUGGUGCUUCACUAGUUAACACUGAAAUGUUAAGCCAUUCUCAAUUUUAUGUUCAUUGGGCGUUUCUGUAAAGAUGACUAUGCUAUAAUAAGUUGCUAUAAUGCAUCACCAGCCUCUUGCCCCCAUUCAUGUCUUCGUGUAGUCACAUAAAAUCUUUUUGCUUAACCCAUGCCAAAUUACAAACACCAUUUACAGUGUUCGGGUUGUAAUUCUUUUAAUAAUUUACAUACAUUACACUCUUAAAAGUCUUCAUAGUAUUGGCUGUGUAUUGUUACAUUUAAUAGACCUCAUUUAGUUGCAAAUGGAUUUGAGUUGUACUAAGCUGUAAGUGGCACAUGAUGCAUUUAAGUUGACAGAAAUCAAUAAAGUGUGCUUAUGUUAAGAACGUAAAGUGCUCAAAAUAGUUUUAUUACACUCGGAGGACCUUGUUUAAAUGCAUCUGUAGCCUUUAUUCUCUAACGCCAUUAUAUUUGCAUGCAUGCAUGAGCAGAUUUGCACCGAAAUAGACGUUGAUAAAUGCCACUUUUUGUUGUCAACACAAAGCGUUGCGUUCCCUGCUGCACCUUUGAAGAAAAAGUGCCUUAAUUAUUUCAGAUUAAAGUGAAUGAAGAUUAUUAUUGUUAUUGUUUUGAAGACUUACAUUUAAAGGGACUUGAUCUUGCUGAAAUAAAGGUUCGGUUUAUUGAAGUUAAUGAGAGGUACAUAGAGUAUUGCAUAUUGCUUUUUGCAUCAUUUUUGCUUUUGUUAUCAAAAUUUAAGAGUCUACGUUUUGUUUUCCUGUUUUUUUUUUAAUAACUGAAAUUACCUUUGGUCUCUUGUGUUUUUCUUUUAAUAGCUUCACAUAAUCUGCACACGCCACACCUACGCUUGUUGUUAAGAUGCUUACUGUUGCCAGAAAGUCUGCCUUAAUUGUUUUAUGAGAUCUAUUGGUUUUAUUUUUCUGGUUGUCAGGUUUCUUUGAUUGUUUGUGAUUUUCCUCUUGUUUCAGACCUGCAUUUGCCAUUAGGUUAAAAAUGUUGUGAUCAAGUAAAGUUGAAUAUUGUCGAACCAA